AUGGCCUACAUCAAUGCUACUACGGCUCUAUUGGGAGCUGUGGCAGCCAGUACCACAUAUAUCAUUGGCCUUGUGAUAUACCGUUUAUACUUCCACCCGCUAUCCAAGUACCCGGGACCUUUCCUCGCGAAGGUCACAGACGCCUAUCAACUCUACCACGCGUGGAAGGGCGACCGGCACCUGGAGUUCUGGCGGCAGCACGAGAUCUAUGGGCGGGUCGUCCGGUUCGGACCCAAUAGCGUCUCGUUCAACUCCAACACUGCCCUGAAGGAUGUCUACGGAUUCAAGUCGAACGUGCGCAAGGCCGAGUUCUACGACGCCUUUGUCCACCCAGCGCCGAACACGCACAACAGCCGGGACAAGGCGCUCCAUGCGCGCAAGAGGCGUGUGCUGAGCCAUGGAUUCAGUGAUGGUGCCAUGAAGGAGAUGGAACGCUACAUCCUUGCCAACGUCAGGACGUUCUGCGAGCAGGUUGGCGCCGGCGCGAGUGACGCACGCAAAGGCUGGACCGCCGCGAAGAACAUGGCGGAUUGGUGUAAUUACCUUGCCAUGGACAUCCUCGGUGAUCUCUGCUUUGGUAAGGCAUUCCAUAUGCUGGAGAAACCCGACAACCGAUAUGCGCUUGAACUGGUGUCGUUAGCUACUACUCGACACUCGAUUUGUGGAACUAUGCCCUUGGUUGGCAAGCUCGGUUUGGACAAGGUCCUCUUUCAUAAAAUCGCGGCUGGUCGAGCCAAGUAUAUGGCGUACAGCAAGUCGCAGCUCACGGAGCGUACCAAGCUGGGCGACGAGACGGAUCGCCGAGACUUCUUCUACUACCUGCUGAAGGCGAAAGAUCCUGAAACCGGCCUUGGAUUCACCACGCCUGAGUUGUGGGGAGAAUCGAACCUUCUCAUCAUUGCUGGAUCAGACACCACGUCAACAGCCAUGGCUGCAACCCUCUUUUAUCUGGUCCGAAGUCCGGCAUCUCUCCAAAAAGUCACAGAGGAGAUUCGCAGCAAGUUCAGCGACGUCGAAGAGAUUCACCAGGGCCCCGUCCUGGCAUCCUGCACAUACCUGCGCGCUUGUAUAGACGAGGCGAUGCGGAUGUCCCCAUCUGUAGGCGGGAUCGUGCCUCGUGAAGUGUUGCCCGGUGGCAUAGAAAUCGACGGUGAAUUCAUUCCUGAGGGAACCGUCGUCGGCGUGCCACAUUACACCAUCCACCACAACGCCGCGUACUACCCGGAGCCGUUCACGUACAACCCUGAGCGCUGGGUUGCCGGAUCGCACAAGGGUGCCGGGUCCGUGAGCACCUCGGAGGUUGAGGUCGCGCACAGCGCAUUCUGCGCAUUCUCCGUCGGCCCUCGGGGCUGCAUUGGAAAGGGCCUGGCCUACAUAGAAAUGUCGACCACUCUGGCGAGGCUGUUCUACUUGUACGAUCUUCGCAAGUCAUCCGGCCCCGACCCGGGCGAGGGUAACCCGAAUCUGGAGUGGGGAAGGCAGCGCGUGGGGGAAUUUCAGCUGAUCGACCAGUUCACCAGCUUGAAAGAUGGCCCCAUGGUGGAGUUUCGAAAGCGACAGUAA